GGGGAGGAAAGGCAGAAGGAAGAGUCAUGCAGGGGUCUAAAUUCACAUCUUCCCGAGCCAAGGAGGCCCGGGUCGUCUUCCUUGCGAAGCCAGCUUCCCGCUCAAUGUUACAACAAUGUAAGGCUCCUCGGGGUGCCGAGGUCGUCUGCGUACAAGUAGGCGACGGUGCUCAAGGGGAGCGCCCCCACGGGAUCCAGCCCCCUUUUCACGACGAACACAAUGCGCAUGUUCCGUUCCAAGCCGGGCUAUCUGCCCAUCCCUGCCCUCCAGGAACGUCCCACUGUUGCUGCGAAAGAUGACGGCGCAAAGAGAAUCCGCCACCUCCUUGUCAUUCCCGCAGUUGCGGUCCUCUCGUUUACCCUCGGGGUCAUUACAGCGGCGGUCAUUCUUGCACCUGCUGGCUCACCAGCAGACAAUGACUUUCUACAACCGGCCAAGCUCGACAUAACUAUCCCUAUCGUCAGACAGACAUUCAAGUAUAACCGCACCUUCAGCGAGGACCCGCACCUCAACACCACUACGGCCCAGGCCUGGGACGAUCUUGUUCCACGGGGGCAGGGAUCGGUCCGAUACCCUCCGGCCACGCCGCAGGUUUACACGCUGUCUGCAGUCCAUCAACUGCACUGCUUGUGGUCCGUUCACCGGAACUAUUACGCCACCCUAGAUCGGCACCCGGGUCAUGAUGCCGAAGACGCGGUCCGGCACAUGAGGCACUGCUUCGACUAUCUCCGCCAAACCUUGAUGUGCGCCGCCGAUGCGACGCUGGAGCCGGUUGACCCGGCGCUCGGCGGCGUGACGGGGUGGGGAACCGCUCGAGUUUGCCGCGACUACGGCGCUCUGGCGGCCUGGGCCGAGGCCCACCGAGUGAACAACCUCCACGGCUUUCGUCAAACUCCCGAGUCUCACCAGCACGGUAGUCACAAGUAAGUGCGGAUAUCCCGCUUAGCUGGAACGGACCAGUGGGAUAAGGGCCCGGGCGGCGGUGAGAUAUGGACUAGGAAGAGGGAAGCUCCAUGUCGAAAGCCGUCUGUUUGUAGUGGUCUAGAACCAAGAGGAACAGUCAAUAUACAGAUCGAGCAGGCCUCCGAUGUUCCACAGGGCAGAAAGGGUGGCAGAGUCCGAGGACAGUCUCGAGAUAUUAGUUUCACCACAGAAAUUGAGUUCACCGAGAGAUCCGGCCGAGUUCACCUGGUUCUGUAUCACCA